AUGGUGGAGCAGGUGAUGGGCAGCAGUGGGCCACGUCUUGGAGCGCGGCCCACUCCCCUGCGCGAUCCAGGGGCCCACAACUUCAACCCAGGCACAGGUUGGAGCUCGCUGCCCGGACAGCUGCCCGAUCCUUUUCCCAUCGAGCUGAACUCGACUUGCCUGUCCCGCAGCGCUCUCCAACUCCCACCAAAAAGGAGCACCGUGGACCAUCGCGCCUCAAGCCACCUCUGGGCUUCCCGGGACCGAUCCCCGCUCCCUGCUCCCGUGUGUGGGAAAGACUGGAGUGUGUGCGUGCCCGCUCUCCGUGCGUGA